AUGCUUGAUGAUGACGUGCUCAAGAGUGUUAAAGGGUUAUAUGGUCACAUUCAGAAUGUGUCGCUUGGGAGACGUAAUGGGAUCAAAUCACCUCAGACAGAAGCACUUGAAAGAUGGACAGAGUUUUCUGAGUUGGGUGUGAUUGGAGAUUUGCUUGCUACCUCGGAUACCAUUACCAAUGCUUCAACUUCAAUUUUAGUAGUCCAACACCAACAAAUGAUCAAGUCCUGA